UUUUUUGUUUUUCUGAAGAUUUUGCUGAUAUCAUACUCCCUGCUUGGGGAUGGACCACCGUCACGGGCUUGGAUCUGGCCUCUGGCCUAAUCCUGAAGAACGUGUGCAGUGCGGUCACACUAGCAAAUGCAACCAUGGUGCAACCAAAAAAAAGGACAAAAGUUGAUGAUAAUGCGCAAGGGGAAACCUUAGAAUAAAAAUACAAGUUGGGUAAGUUCCUAAACUCAUAUUCCAAAAUCUCGCUUGGUAUCUCUCUCAAAUUCAACUACCAUCCAAAUUUCAAUUAAAGCAGAGAGAGAGAUAUGUUAACUAUAGUCUAUAUAUCCCCACACCCACCACAUUUACUUGCUGUUCAACUUCACCUUUCUCAUCUACUUGUUAUAUAUACGGAUACCCCCUUGGAAGCUUGGACCACUCAAAUGCAACCAUAACACUACAAUUCUACAAACCUCCAAUUUUUUUGAGCAUCCUAUGGCAUAAGCCAAGCACCAGCGCCAUGGACUGGUACUCUUGGUUGUCAAAGAGUGCCCUUGAGCCCUCACUUAUCUAUGAGUAUGGCCUUGCCUUUUCUCGCAAUGAACUCCAAAAGGAGGAUUUAGCGCACUUCAACCACGAGUUUCUUCAGAGCAUGGGCAUUUCAGUUGCCAAGCAUAGGCUGGAGAUUCUCAAGCUUGCUAGGAAGGAUGUUGGAGAAGUACCUAAUAGCCUCUCCAAGCUCAUUUUGGCAAUCAACAAAACCAGAAAGUGCUUCAACAAGUAUGUUAACAAGUUGGUUCACCAUGAGAAUAACGCGAUUAAGCCACUGCCGGAGUCAGUUCGUUUUAGAGAUCACUGGAGAGGAGCAUUGACAAGGAAGUUCAAGAAUGAGAAGGAGCUGAAGAUGGAGAAGCCAGUGCAGCGAACCAGCCGUAAAAUAGCAAAAUCUGGUCCCCUGGAUUAUAGAGGUCCAGAGAAGUUGUUGGUCCCUCCUAGGAGCUUAAAAUUAUCAGGUCCCCUUGAUAGAAAAAUGCAGGAGAAGUUGAUGUUUAAUUAUAGGAUCCCGAUAACAUCUGGUCCAAUUGAUAUUGCAAUGGCACAAGAAAGAUUGAUGCUCACAAAUAGGAGCCCAAAACUGUCUGGACCUCUCAAUUAUGUAAGACCUCCAAGCCCAAAGGUUCAUGGUGAUUACAACAAGGAAAAGGCAGGUGGGGACUAUGGUGAUCAUACGUUAUGGGCAGCAUUGUUUCAGGAUAUGAAACCCACUUGACCAUACGUCUUUCUUUGUCUUCAAAGUUGAGAUAUGAAAUAUGGUCAUUCAACUGUUUUCAUCCAAUCAGAGGGAGAAGCAUUAUAUGUCUGGUACAAUUGCUUUUUUAUGUAUGUGAAUCUGAUAUAUGUUAGGGUGCCCCAAUAAUAGCAGAUUGAAAUAGAGUUGGACAGUUUUUCUAUCAUCAACACGGAUGCCAUAGUUUAUAUUCUUUU